AUGUCGGGCGCUAAUUCUGUGGUGAAUGUAUUCCAAAACUUGUUUUCAAAUCAUGGAUCAACGUUCUUGAAUAUUAUUCUGGUCGUGUCCACCAUUGGUGGCCAGUCGAUUAUUCGGAAACUGACAUUCGCUUGUCCAUGUUCGUUUCCGCUCAAUGUUUACCACUCAUUGGUGUUCAUGUUCGGUCCGGCGAUCGCUUUAUUCAUCAUAGGAAUUGUUCUGAACACAACCACAUGGAAAAUUUUACACGGCACAUGCUUCAGCUACUAUCGUUGUCUUCUUGCACAUAACUAUUGCCCGUUGAACACAUCACAUCACUGCGUGAACAUCACUGUGCUCGAAUACUAUAAAAGUAGCCAGGAAUUUGAACAAAAUGUCUGGCGAAGGGAAGUACUGCCCGCAUUGUAUAUGCAACCUCGAUGGAUUGAUCUGCAUUGUUCCGCAUGUGUGACAAGGUACACCUAUGUUCAACGGCAGUAUGUGGAAACCUAUAAAAAUGAGGAGACCAACAAGUUUGAAUGGCCGACAAAAGAACACGCGGCGACGCUGGCCGAGCGUAACGCACGUGUUGCCGAGAUCAAUAAUCCAAUGUUUGCAAGGCUUCGCCUGAUAGCGGCUGAGAAAACGAAAGACCACAAUGUAUACGCCUCUUCAACUAUGGGU